UUACAUUUAUUUCGAUUUUGGAACUGGACUAAGUUAUUUUCAAUGAAUUCUAAUAUUAAAAAACAACUCGAAUCGUACAUAAAUCCGAACGAUUUGCUGGAAGACGAGGUGAAAUUUGAAUUAAGCAUUAGAAAUUUGCCAAUUUCGGUUGAAGCACCUCAGAACAGAUCUGAACUACGAAAAGCUCAAUUAGAGGAAAUUCUUAAACCAAAAACGUCUUUUGCCAAAACAUAUAUUGGUCAAGAGUUUAGAACGAUUCAAACAAAAACGAAAGAUUUGAAGCAUUUACUUGAAACUUACCCCGAUUCGCGUUACAUUUCACGGUUACGUCACUGCCGACUAAGAGCAAUUCGCGCGCAUCCCUCAACUCGUGAGCAACAACGGCUUAAAGAAGAAUUGAUAUCUGAUAUAGAAAUUUUAUUAGAGCGAUACGGUAAACCGAGUGAUCGUAGAGAAAAUUUGCCCUCGGCGGGUCCUCAAUUGAACUAUUCACAGGACUUCUCGCGUAGUUUCGAAGAGAAAAUGAAUCAAUUUACGUUUAGCCUCUCGGAUAUGUCGACCGCGAAAAAGAAAAAACCGGAAACUCCUACCACUUCAAAUUUACCGCGAACCGAGAAAAGAUUAUCUUUUCAUCCGUUACCGCAAGAUUUAGAAGAAGGACUUCUCGAUGAAGCUAUUGGAGGCACAGAACCGACUGAAAAAGAAACCAAUAUUCCCCCCACGAAUCUAGAACCAAAUUUGAAUUUUCCGUUUUACUCCAAAGAAGUUUUGCUACCGCGUAGAAAAGAUCAUCUCGAGAGAGAUAGGAAUGCUCAGGUCCCUCAAGCAAUUCAGCUUAAUCGUGCGUGGGAGGAACCUAGCAUUAGGCAAGAACGAACGAAUAUCCCGAAUACACAAAAUUUGACUCAACAAAACGAAGCAACUACUUUCGAUUUCGGUCCGCAGAUGGAAGGUAUCAAAAACGACAUAAGCCAAUUCAUUCAGCAAACGUUAGCAUCUCAAAUGACCGAAAUGAUGGCUAAAAUGUUGCCAUUAUUUGAGCAACAACGCGUAGAAACUCCGUCGCCGGUAGAAACGUUCUACAAUGUUCCGUUAAGACCGCCACCGCAGUUAGCCAGAUCACCCUCACCGAUAAAUAGACCCCCUCCGAUUCCACCAAGACCUUUUCAGCCUCAGACUCCAUUCAGAGAGAAUGAUUACUCUAGAAACUAUCGGGUAUCAAUGGGUGAAACGAAUCAAUGGCAAGUUCCAAUUUCGAAAUGGAGAGUUCAGUUUAGUGGUGAUUCUAAAGGUCCCACUGUAACUCAAUUUAUCAACAGAGUCGAAAUUCUCGCAAACAGCAAUAGAGUUUCUGAGCAAGAUUUGCUCAAUCAGGCGUUAUUUUUUUUAGAGAAGGAUCACAGGCUGAAGAAUGGUACUAUACUUUCCGUCAUAAGUUUAAUGAUUGGACUUCAUUCAAACACCAGCUUCGGUUACGAUUUGAACAGCCUAACAAAGACGUUGUAAUUGAAAGACAAAUUCUUGAUAGAAGACAACACCCGAAUGAAACAUUCAGCGCGUUCGUAAUGGUUUUUGAAAAGUUAGCUCAACAAUUAACAAAACCUAUGUCAGAAUCUAGAAAACUAGAAAUCAUAUUGGAAAAUUUGAAAGAUGACUACAAACCAUUCUUGACUUUUUAUAGAAUCGAUCACAUUGAUGAUUUGGUUACAAUUUGCCACGCGUUAGACAAGUCUAUGUACAGAACAUAUGCUCAAAUUCCUAGAUUCAGACCAAAUCAAGUGAAUAACGUAGAAGACGAACGUAUCGAAACUCAUGAGGAAGAUUAUCAAGAAAUUAAUGCUAUUAAUAGAACGAAUUUCAAAGCUAAACCCGUUGAAAAACCGACACAAUCUAACCCUGAGCUCACGGGAGCAAUACCGAAAACGUCCGCGGAAAAUAUUUUAUGCUGGAAUUGUCGCCAGUUUGGACACUUCUGGAAAAGCUGUAGGCAACCAAAGAAAAUUUUCUGCCACUUCUGUGGUUAUAUGAACGUUAUCACAACUAAUUGCCCUAAUAAUCAUUUAUUUCCCACCUCGAGACAGGAAAACCAAUUCUCAGAAAGACAGUAGAGGGUUCUCUUUCUGAUUCAUUAAAAAAUUGCCCUCAAAAUGAUUUUUCUAAAUUUUCCAAGUCGUUUCAAAUUCAUACAAAACCUCAUAAAUGUCCUUGCAUUGUAGUCGAGAUUUUAGGUUCAUCAAUAGAAGGAUUAUUAGACUCCGGAGCUUCAGUCAGUAUAUUGAAUUCGCCUGAAUUAAUUGCUAAACACGCUUUACAAAUCCAUCCAAUCAAUCUAAGAAUUAAAACAGCAGAUUCGUCGUCCCACAAAUGUGAAGGCGUUGUAUUCAUUCCUUAUACUUUCAACAAGCAAACAAAUGUUGUUCCUACCCUUCUGGUUCCUCAAAUAUCUAAAACACUCAUCCUCGGUAUAGAUUUCUGGUCCGCGUUUCAAAUAAGACCAGCCAUUUCGAAAGACGGUAAUCUAGAGGAAAUAUCUAGUAGCGCUGAAAUAAAUUUUUUAGAAAAUUAUUUCACGAGUAACCAAGAUGAAAUUUUACUUACCAUAGAACCAACUGGACCGGAGAUUAGAGAAACAGAAAAGGUAGAAGAUUCGACGUUAGAACUUCCUUUCCCAGAACACCCCGAAAAUAAUAAAUUUAGCGCAAUUAUCACUGAGCAUAAUUUAACUCAACAAGAGAAAAAUGAACUCGAAUCAGUUAUUAAUUCAUUGAAAAACAUAAACGGUGGAAAACUAGGAAGGACGAAUGUAAUCUCUCAUAAAAUAGUUUUGAACGAAGGAGCUCAACCGAAAAAACCUCCUCAAUAUAGAUGUUCCCCACAUAUUCAAAAGGAAAUCGAUAAAGAGAUUGAACGUAUGCUUGAACUCGACAUAAUAGAAGAAUCUCACUCAGCGUGGUGCAAUCCAUUAUUACCUGUGAAGAAGUCGUCCGGUGAAUGGCGUAAUAUUUUCCCCCAAAAUCGGAAAAACUUACCAUCUUACAAGAAACUCACGAUAGAGAUCAUUUCGGGCAACAUAAAACUCUGAAAAAGCUCCAAGAAAGGUAUUAUUGGCCUGCUAUGGAAGCAGAAGUGAAACGUUACUGCAAUAAUUGCGAAAUAUGUAAAAGAACGAAACAUCCUAAUAUCAAUAGAAAACCCCCGAUGGGUAAGCAAAAACUAGCUUCAGUUCCGUGGCAAAUCAUCUCUGUUGACUUCGUUGGGCCUUUCCCAAGAUCGCGUAACGGUAACACAGUCCUCGUGGUAGUAACCGACCUUUUUUCUAAAUUCGUUUUAAUACACGCGUUAAGAGAAGCAAAAACGACUCCCUUGAUUAAGUUUCUCGAAGACAUGGUAUUUUUACUCUUUGGAGUGCCAGAAAUUCUUAUCUCCGAUAAUGGAGUCCAGUUUGUUUCAAAAGAAUUUGAAAAAUUUCUGAACAGGUAUCAUGUAACACAUUGGCGAAAUGCAAACUACCAUCCUUGUAACAACCCAACGGAAAGGGUUAACAAAGUUAUAGGAUCAGCUAUAAGAGCACACAUUAAAGGCGAUCAUCAAAACUGGGACGCGGAUAUUCAAAAAGUGGCCAUGGCAAUACGUUCAGCAGUCCAUGAGUCCACAUCGUUCACACCGUAUUUCAUAAACUUCGGUCGAAACUUUAUAGAUUCAGGAAACGUUCACAAAGAACUUCGCGAUGCCGGAAAUGACGUAGAUUACGAACCGCUAGAAGCAAAUGCGAAUAUGAAAGUUAUCUACGAGAAUGUUAAAUCAAAUCUUAAAAAAGCUUACGAUCGUUAUUCGAAACAUUACAAUUUACGUUCCAACAAAAACCUCGAAAAAUUUGACAUAGGCGAAAUAAUAAUGAAGAAAAAUUUUGUACUAUCCAACAAACUUAAGAAAUUUUCAGCUAAAUUAGCCGAUACUUUUUCCCCCGCAAAAGUUGUAGGAAAAAUAGGAUCUACAUGCUAUGAUCUUGAAGAUCUUCAAGGAAAUCGAUUAGGUGUCUUUCACGCUUCAGACUUAAUGAAGAAAUAAAUUUUCCACCAGCUAUGUUUUGUUGCGAAUCGCACAAUAACUAAAUCAUUAAAAAAAAAACACAAGCACUUCCUGCUUGGAAGUACCCAAUUUUAGAAAGGAAAAUUAUCUGAAGUGCGUCAUCUUAAAACAGCAAAUUCGGUUCGAGUGAAAAUUUUAGAUGAUGUUCCUGUAAAUAGAAGAAAUUGUUAAGAAAUUAUGAUAAAAAGACAAACACUGACCAAUAAUUUAUUCAUGCAACAUAAUAUAAACAACAGUUUGAUAAAAUACAAAAAUAGUUUGAUCCCGCGUUUACCAGUCAUCUUAUAGUCCUUCCAUCCUCAAAUUGAUUAAUUUGUUAGUUUCAGAUUUGUAUGCCAUACUCACCACAAUCAGUCCAGUUUCCCAUCGCUCUUUUAGCUUUAAAUAGAAAAGCCAAUUAAAUCGAAACAAAAUCGCAAUAGCCCAAGUAGUAAUCAUGCAUAAAGUCUAAUUUGUCGUAACUUACCUCCAUUCAUAGCAUAAUUUAUACUCACCACCUUCAAUUCAUUCAAUAGCAAUUCUCAAUAUUCAUUUAUUCUCAGUCCAUAGUUUUGCAAUCAUAAUUACCGUCCACUUAUCAUCAGUCCAGUAGAUUUUUUGUUUAAAUUAUGCUCAAAUUUAUCGUUUAUGUACUUAGAUACAUAAAACAAACAAAAAAGAGAUUUCAAUACAUCAUCACUGCAAACAAAAAACAUCAUUUUUUCCACCUCACAUUUUUUUCAUAUUUUGAAAAACUUACCUCUUUCAGUCCGGAUUACCUUGAUACUUACCUGCUCAUAGAUUAAUCAUUGAUUUUUUCAAUCAAUUUGUUUUCCGAAUAGUUUUUUUCCUAAAAGAGAUCAGAAAUUGUCUUCCAAUCAUCAUUUCAGAAGUUGUUGUCAUUGUUUUGAUUUUUAAACUUAUCGUUUAGUUUGACAGUAAAGAAACUCACCAUGCCAUUACUUUACGUUUCAGUGCAAACCGGCCUCAAUGUUGCAGGCACACGGAAAUAAUAUUUCAAAGAAAUGUUGCACAAUGAAAUGAUGUUUGAAUGAGAAAGGAAUUUACUCGAAAAGAUUCGAGAGUAUUAAUAAGUUUUUUUUGAAUAUGUGAGAAAGUUUUCUCAGGACAGACUUCAAAGAAAGUCUUUGGCGAAGUUUUCGCAGUAAUCUGCUCCAAAAGAUUGGAGGUUCCGAUAAGGAUGUUUUUCGUUUAGUUGAAUCAGUGAAGUUAUAAUUAUUAGUUUACAUUAUUUUAAUAUGGCAUAAAUGGUGACGAUCUUUAGAAAAUCCACAAUCUAUUUUGUUUGAAUAAAUAAGUCAAAUUUUGAUUCAUAAUCCAAAAAAAAAAAAAAAAAGAAAAAAUGAUCAGCUGCUUUGUUUUUGAUAAAAAAAAUAAAUUCAGAUACUUCAUUUAUUUUUUAACCGUUGGUGGGAGGAAGUGUAACGAUGUUACAUUUAUUUCUCCUAUUUUAUUAACACUACCUUACGACAAUGCCAUAGCAUCGUCAGCAGAUGACGAAACCAAAGAAGCAGGAAAUAAAACAGAAUUCACGAUACUCCUCGGGUCGUCAUCGCUAUCAUGAUGUAAAGCUUCUCUAUCUUGGAAGGUCUCGUCCAUUUGCCUUGUGACCACUAGACGAGUAUCAUCUAGGCCCGGCCAGUGAAACACUAAGAAAACGUGCUUCGGUAGUGUUGAUACAGUUGCUAUAACGUCGAUGUGCCACUGUACCUAAAUAAUAAAAACGAGAUAGUGGCCAAAGAAAACAUACUAUCAGAUUGCCCUUCGAGAAGGGCGUUCCCGCCGGGACCGAAAAACGGCCGCAAAAUAAUACCCCUGGGCCAACAUAUCGUGGUCGUGCAACAUCGUGACAAGUUCACGAUAAGUCGAGUGUUACGUGUAACCAACAUCAUUUGACCGUGCGAUACAUCCGGGAUGUUGGUGAGCGUCUAAUUCACCAUAGUACCCACUCGACCCAUACAACUGCAGCUGAGACUCGCACCUGGGACGCGUUGAGUCACCUGGGACUCGGCGAACCGUUUGUACGUUGCCGAGCACCGAUCGCCGACGCCGCCUCCAUCGGGACGGCGGAGAAUCAAAUUGAGCUACUGGCCGAAAACCAAAAACGCAAGCGCUUGCUAGCACGUGUGUGCAUUCAGGUUAGAUAGAUUAAGAGCAUCUUUGUAACGACUAACCCACCAUGGAAUUCCAAAUUAUACCUACAAAGUCAAAUUGAACUCUUUUUAGUGGUCAUCGCAAACCGUGAUCUUCCUUGUUCGGUCUUUCGCGUAUCGGUAGUAUAGGCUCUAGUGAGGAAAACCUUCAAAGGAAACCUCACUACCCUGAAUGAUUGUUGUUUUGCAUUUGGAACGAUCGUUAGUUUUGGGUUAAUUCCUGUUUCGACUUGAACGCUAUUUUUGGUUUCAAGACCUGCCCUGAGGUCUCUCAGCUGGGUACGGGUUUUCCAAAGGGACAAAUUGCGACCC